AUGACGACAUCAGCGCAGCAGCAGCCGCAGGAGCUGCUCUCCCCUCUGCAGCAGCAGCCGCGUCAGCUGCAGCAGCAAGAAUUUUCCUCUAACCGCACAGCAGCAGCAAGACAACUCCCCAGCUCCUUUGAGCUGUUCAUCAGUGCUGCUGUCAGCGGGUUAAUUACAAAGACGGUCUGCGCCCCUAUGGACCGCCUGCGGUUGCUCUACCAGGUACAAGGCAUGCUGCAGCAGCAGCAGCAGCAGCAGCAGCAACAGCAGCAACUGCAGCAACAGCAGCAGCAGCAGCAGCGGUCUCGCGCAGCUUUGGCGCAGAGCAUGAGAGAGUUUGGUGAUAAAAACAGCACAAUACAAAACAAAAUAAAAUAUACAAAGUAUAAUGGUAUUGUCUCGGGUCUCCGUCUCGUUAUAAAGGAAGAGGGCCUCGUAGGCCUCUGGCGAGGCAACGGGGUCAAUGCGUUGCGAGCAGCAGUUUGUUAUGCAAUCAAAUUCCCAGCGAACGACAUAGCUAAGCGAGCUCUCACAGCCACCAGCAGCAGCAGCAGCAGCAGCAACAGCAGCAGCAGCAGCAGCAGCAGCAGAGGCGGUGGGGGGGGAGCGGAUGUUGGCUCUUUGUUGCUUGCUGGGGCCAUUGCUGGUUCCUUACAAAAAUCUAUUUCUUAUCCCCUCGAUCUUCUCUCCGUUAGGAUUGCUGUCGGCAUCAAUGCAAACCAAAUUGGAGUACAGCAACGUGCUGCUGCUGCUGCUCCCGCUGCUGCUGCUGCUCCCGCUGCUGCUACUGCAGCUGCUGCUGAUGGUCCUGCUCGCGCUGUUGCCCCUGCUACUGCUGCAACGUCCAGCAGUACCGGCGGCAGCGGUGGAAGCUGCAGCAGUCUCUACACCAGAACUAGCAGCAGUAUAAGCGGCCACAGCAGCAGCAGCAGCAGCAGCAACAGCAGCAGCAGGAAGGGUUACAAGGGCUUGGCGGACUGCGCUUAUCGUGUGUGGCAGCUCGAGGGUCCUUCGGGUUUUUUUAAGGGUUUUUCUCUCGCUCUCUAUUCUGGCGUUCCCUAUGUGAUGCUGCAGAUGGCUUUCUUUGACUUGACGAAGAGGACGUUAGGAGAUGCAGCAGAACGCAGACGCGCUGGCGGUUCAUGGCCCCGCGUGCUUCUCACCGCAGCCGUUUCAGGUAGCGUUGCCAAUAUGGCUGCGCAGUCUGUUGUGUUUCCCUUCGAUACAAUUCGCAAGCGGCUGAUGAAUGACGGGAUAGACGGAAGGCCGAAACUGUACAGUCUUCCUGCGGGAGCAAUUCAAUUUGCUUGUUAUGAACUCAUGAAGGAGUUCUUCUUGAUGCGAUCAUCAUAA